AUUUAUUUUUAUAAUAUGAAAUAUAUACUGUAACGCAUAAUUAAAUUAAGCUUGCCAUCCUGGCCCAACCUUGAAAGCAGCACCAUAUACUAAUAACUAGUUUGAAAGCCAGACGUUCCCGUUUUUCUGUAAUUAUCAGUUCACAAAGGCAAGGUAUUCUUGGAUGAUUAGGGAGUUUUAACUUUUAAGCAGCAGAAUGAGUAAAAGAAAAUUGAAGGAUUUGUUGCUACAGAAAGAUAAUCGUGUUUGUGCAGAUUGUAGUGCUCCAGACCCCAAAUGGGCGUCAGCUAAUAUUGGAGUAUUCAUAUGUUUGAAAUGUUGUGGUGUACACAGAAGUCUUGGUACUCAUAUUUCAAAGGUUUUGUCUGUGACAUUAGAUGAAUGGUCCGAUGAUGAACUUGAUUCCAUAGUUGAGGUUGGAGGAAAUGCCUCUGCGAAUUCAAUCUACGAAGCUUAUAUCCCAGCAGGAGUUUCAAAGCCUAGACCUAGUGCUAGUCAAGAGGAACGUGUGAACUUUAUAAGGUCCAAGUAUGAGAGUCAAGAUUUCCUCAAACCCAGCUUGCGGAUCUUGUCAACUUCCAGCAAGGCUUCUUUACGAACAAGUUUUUCCUCAAAGAUUACGGAUAGUUUUCGAAGUUCUUCAAGUACAUCACAUAAAUUGGAAGGCAUGGUGGAAUUUAUUGGAAUAAUAAAGGUUAAAGUAAUUAAAGGCACAAAUUUAGCUGUUCGAGAUAUAUUGUCGAGCGACCCUUAUGUUAUCCUGAAACUGGGGAAGCAGAAGGUACAAACCACUGUUGUCAAGAGCAACUUGCAUCCUGUCUGGAACCAGGAAUUGAUGCUUUCUGUUCCUCAAAAUUAUGGGGCCUUAAAAGUGGAAGUUUAUGAUUACGAUACAUUUUCGGCUGAUGACAUAAUGGGGCAAGCGGAGGUGGAUAUUCAACCAAUGAUAAACUCGGCAAUGGCAUACGGAGAUGCUAGUAUGUUCGAUGACAUGCAGAUAGGAAAAUGGCUGAAAUCGAAUGACAAUGCAUUGAUACAUGAUAGCACAGUAAACAUUAUUGACGGGAAGGUGAAACAGGAAGUAUCACUGAAGCUUCAGAAUGUAGAAUCUGGAGAAUUAGAUCUAGAACUAGAGUGGAUGCCUCUUGGACAGUAAGCUUUAAUGUAUAUGGACUAAAUCUUCCAAUUACUUCAUACAAAUAUUUGAUGUUAUAUGAGUUAUUUAAGUGGGAAUUUCGACAUUACUUUUGAACCGAGAAUGAGGUUGGGAGGUCUUGCAUAAAGAAGAUCAAAACGCGUACUUUCGGUUUGAGUUGUCUUGUUUAAUCUUUCGCUAAUGAAGGAACUUGUAUUUUGUGCAUUAUGCUAAA